AUGAUGAUGGAAGAUGCUCGGGGCGGCGGCCAGGCCUCCCGUGCUAAGAGGGCCAUCCAGGCAGAGAAAAAGACGUCAGGCCAGGGGGUGGAGGAGGGACACCGGCAACAGGGAAAGGAGGACGGCGUAGAGUCGCCGCCAGCCAAGAGGGCCAGAGCAGAGCAGGUCGGCGUCAAUGGCUCGACAGCGGCAGCAGCUGCUGCUGCUUCUUCCCAGGACCACACUGCAGCAGCCCCCGCCCCUCUCUUGACCAACGUGGCCAGCAAGGCGCCCCCUGCCAACAGAGCCGCCAUGGCCGCCGAACCUGACGCCCACAUGGCGCCGGCAGACAGCAGCGGGGAGUCGACCCCCAGGGCGGAGACCACACCCUCGAUCCCCUGCACAUGCCAACCUUACAGACAGGUGAGAGACACACGCACGCCUCACAUGUGUACAUGCGUCCUUUGAUGAAUGCUUUGUCUUGGUGUGUGCAGGCGGUUUCUGGUCACGUGUGAGAAGCAAGCAACGUCUCUUCACGUUACCUCCAGAAAGCAGCGUGUUGGCGACGUCGUCCACAGCGCAUACGAUUCCCUCCUCGCCACCACCCCCAAUCCAAUCUCGGUCAGUCCUCGGUCAGUCGGCCGGCCAUCACACAUUCAUCGCAAUCGACACACGGCCACCCAUGUGAAUGCGUCUCUGUCCUGCCUUCAGACCUUCAGACGCGCAUCACACGAGUCAUCUCCAAGAAUGUCUUCCCCCCGCAGUGGCGUUGAGAUCGAUCGCCGCCUACAUUUUAUAUUUGCAUGUCUCGUCAGACAUUCGGCUACGUUCUCACGGCCUUUCACGUCGCUGAGGGACACCAGCAGCUGAACAUCGGCAGGGCGGAGAGGGCGGGGGAUACCGCCCAAAUGGAGGAGGACGUCAUCUUGGAGGGAGGUGGAGACCGCCGACUGGCGGAUGUACAGCAGGGAGAGGGAGAUGGCGGUUGGGUGGGCGGAGGGAUGUGGUGGUGCCCGGUGCUGACGGCCAUGGGGCCGAGGCGGCCACGAAUGCGGUAA